ACAGGGACUUUGUCCGGUUGCUUUUUAUUUUUAAACGUGACCCUCCCAGGCUGAGGGACCUGUGUGAACUGCCCUCAGUGCUGCCCCAGCGGCCUUCUGGAGAGGCUUUGACAGGGCCUGGGAGGGGCUCGCGCCUGGGGCCCCCUGGCCUUUGAGGAUGGAGAUGCCAAAGAUGCUGGAGUUCCCGCCCCUGCUGCUAGCCACUUCCUUGCUGGGCCUGGUGCUGCUGGCACUGCUGCUGUACCUGUGGCACCGCAGCCAGCACUGGUACUUGAUCAUAUGGAAUGAGCUUGUUGUACAGCCUGUCCGCAACAUGCUCAUGGGCGACAGCAAGGAGCAGCGCAUCCUGCGCUAUGUGCAGCAGCACGCACAGUCCGGAGACCCGCAGAGCGUGCUGAACGCCAUUGACACCUACUGUUCGCAGAAGGAGUGGGCCAUGAAUGUGGGUGACGAGAAAGGCCUGAUCGUGGAUGAGGUGGUGCGGGAGCGCAAUCCCAUGGUGCUCCUGGAGCUAGGUGCCUACUGCGGCUACUCGGCUGUGCGCAUGGCCCGCCUGCUGCCACACGGCAGCCACUUGCUCACCAUUGAGCUCAACCCUGCCUUUGCUGCCAUCACCCAGCAGAUGGUGGACUUCGCUGGCCUGCAGGACAAGGUAACAGUUCUGGUCGGGGCAUCCCAGGACAUCAUCCCCCAGCUGAAAAAGAAGCAUGACAUAGACAAGCUGGACAUGGUCUUUCUUGAUCACUGGAAGGACCGGUACCUGCCAGACACACUCCUCCUUGAGGAAUGUGGCCUGUUACAGAAGGGGACAGUGUUGCUGGCCGACAAUGUCAUCUGCCCAGGAGCACCAGAUUUCCUGGCACACGUGCGUGGGAGCGAUCGCUUUGAGUGCACACAUUACCCUGCGCACCUGGAGUACAGGCAGAUGGUGGAUGGCCUGGAGAAGGCCAUCUAUGUGGGCCCAGGCCUGGGUGGUCCAGCACAGCCCUGACCACCCACCCAGGCUGGCCUCUCCUCGCUGCUGCACCGAGCUGUCACACACAGGUACAUCACAGAGCACCAUGGGGCACACAGAACAGAAUCACUGUAAAGAGUCUGGGAAGGCAUUUGUUUGUAAAGACAGAACUGGAACAGGUUCAAGGUGGUGCCUAUUCACCGUGCUAACAUUCUGAGAGGCUUUCUUUCAGGUCUGACUCCAGUGGGCAGGUCCUCGGGCUAACAGAGGCAUCCAUUAGGUGCAGGAAGUAGAGGGAAGUUGGGAAUAUUUGAAAACUGUCAGGGGUGUACUCAGUCUGCCCUCAAGAUUCACUGUCCCCAGGUGGCAGCAAUGCCUCAGUGAUGGCACUCAGACCAAAUGCUCAUAGCACACGUCUGGUUUUUAAAGAAUAAAACUUGAUCAUUUUGCUAAAAACAACUACCUAUAAUAAUCUUACACACCAAUAUCAUGUUUAAAGGAUAUAAAAUAGAAAUUAAAAAUACCUAAACAUUUA